AUGGCUUUAAAUGAUUUUGAAAUAACUGCAUUAUUAACUGAAUGGGAAAAAAGUGAAGAUGAAAAUGAUUUAGAUAGUAAUAAGGUACAAAAUACAUUUGAAAACGUUAGUAAUGUAGAAUUUAUUGAUAUCAAUAAUUUGCCUAUUGAAAUAGCUAAUAUAAACGGCGAGUUUGUUAGUAUUCCUUUUAGUAAUGAUAUUGCUGAACCUUGUUUAUCUAUUGCUACAUCUGAUGAAAAUAUAAAUAAUAUUGCUAAUAUUGCUAUCAAUAAAAAUAUUUUGUCAUCUAAUAGUAGGGCUUUGAGAUCUCAUAACAAUGUUACUAGUCAUUUUAUUCCUACUAUUUCGCAAUCUCAAACCAGUUCCCAGGGACAAGCGCCAUCUCCUAAUAUUAAUCCUCCUAUUCCUGCUAACAUAUUAUGUAUAUCUAAAGUUCAACAACCUCAGAAACCAGUAAACUUAAAAUGGAAGAAAGGUAACCUAAUAACUAAUGAUGUCAGUUUAGUACACAAUCCAGUGACUUUACCAACUAAUAUUUUGAAUUUUAAUUCACCACUGCAGUUUUUUUCACAUUUUUUCACUGAU